UCCCCGGGUCGGUCCCACGGUCCGGGCGGGUUGAGCGGCAAAACAACUGUCGCCCCGCAAAUCUCCGAAUUUUGGCCUCAGUUUUGUAAUUGAUUCCCCUUUUAUCGUGCCUCUUGCCUCUGUUGGCUGUUGUACCCUAUAUCCAACAGAUGAACCUCUCUGAUUGUCGAAGACACUGGUAAUUCGCAAUACAAGAAAAGGCUCUCCUCGAGGAAGUCAGAGAUUCAAAAUGGAUAACGACGAAGCCACCCAGAUCCUAUCUGAGGACGAAGAUAUUGUGUACACCGGUCUAACGUGCUCGCAAGCUGAAGGGUACAAUUUAGAAAAUGUGGAUGCAACAGAGAUUUUGUCUCAAGAUCCUAAUGUUGUUUACACUGGACAAACGUGCACAGAAGAAGAAAAUAAUAGAUUAGAAACAUCACAUGGAAAAACUCAAUUUGAAAAAUGUGAUGAUGGAUCGUUCGACCCAGACGAGACAUAUAUUAGUGUCAAUAAGCUGCGCUUAAAGGCGCAAGCUUCUGGAGUUACAGAAAAUAAACCAAACAUUUGUGAUGUUGGGGAGGAACACAAGUCAGUCAAUGGUAACGAAUUUAAGACAGAACAAUCAAAUCUUAGUUCGUACUCUCAAGAGUUAACUCAGCCUGUAACUCAAUCUCAAGAAAUAGAUCACAUAGAUGAGACUCCCCCCAUCUCAAAAACUCAUGAAGAUGGUGAAGGUGACAGUACGAGUAAAUCUGUCAAUGAUACUCUUGAAUUGACACCAUCACAAGACAUCCAGAACUCCCUGUCACCAACUGGAUUCAAAGAACUUGAAAAUCGCCUGAGCCGAGGACACACUCAUGAUGGUGGCCACAAUGUCAAGACAGCUGUUAGUAGCUCCAGCAGUUCUAGUUUUGUGGUUUCCACCAGCUCAAGCAGCAAACGAGCAACUGAAUCAGAUGACACGGACGACAUGGUAAUCGGUUCGCAAGACAUGUUUGUAAGCCAAGAAGCCUGUGCCAAUGAACCCAAUGUAGUGUCAGUUUCCCAGUUGAUACCUACUUUGCAACUGUCUGGAGACAUUCCUUUAUCACAAAGCUAUGAAGGCUUCAAACCUGGCAGGCUGUACCCGAGCUCUCCAACAUCUGGAAUAACUUCUACUCCUCUUAGAGAGGUUUCAAAAUCUUCCAGAGAUGAUGUAAUAUCUCUUUCUGAUGAGGAAGAUGUUCAGAAAAUUUCUGAAAAGAGGAAGUUGUCAUCUGAUUCGAGUGAUGAACUGAAACCUGAUUUAAAAAAGGUGAAAAAGAGUUUUCAAAGCCGUCCAAGUGUUAUGGUUGUUGAUGAAGUCGGUGUAUUUAAAAACCCAUCAACUGAGGACCUUACUCUUGGAUCUCAAGGCAUACAUCUGCAUCUGUCUCAAACAGAUUCUGAUUUAGAGGGUAGUCAGGAAGUUGGGAUUGCUAGUCCUACAGCACUAAAUGGUUCCGUUAAUCCGAGUCAUGACAUAAGUAUUGUCAAUGUAGAGGAUGUGGAAGAUGAUAUCCAGCUCAUUUCACCACUGGCAAGAAAGGCUACAGCUGAAAUUACAUUAGAUUCUAGUGGUCAUGCUGACAUUGAAGAAGUUGUGCCCCUUUCUGGACAAAAUCAGAAAGAGAAUACAUUGAGUUCAAAAUCUGAAGACCCCAAUUUGUCAAAUAACAUCAAGUCAUUAGUUGGCGAUGUUGGUCAUCCAUUAGACCAAUCCAGUGAAAAUGCGAAGACCAUCAACCAAACCAGUCAAGACUUUGAAACUGAUUUUGUGCUCACCUUUACCUGCACCUAUAAAGUGUCUUGUAAAGCAUCCAUAGAUACUUUGAAGAAAAAUACAACAUCAAGAUCCAUUACUUCGUUUGAAGUAUUGGAAAGCAACACGGUGCGCAAGAGAGAUUCGUCUCCCAGUGCAGUUGAAGAAUCAUCUCCUGGGAGAAAUGGCAGUUCACCCGGAAGUGUCAUGAGCGGUCCAGGACUAUUUCCAUUGCCGCCGAUGCACCCAUCUCGCUACAGCAUGUUUUCUACUACUUCCUCCAGCUCUGCUGGAAGUGCUGCAAGCCUUUACCGAAAGGUACCGGCCCGUGGGCGCCCACCUGCUAGGACAUUGCACAGUGCCUCUGGUAAUGCAUCACCUGUGAGGCUCAACCAUCUAGCCCCCUGGAAAGAAUUUCUUAGCGAGUGUCAAGAUGAACUGGCGACAUCUGGGUCAACAAUUCUCGAGAAUUGGGAGGCCUCCAGAAUGCAUAACUCAAGUUCAGAUGAUUCUAAAACUAUUGAUGACAAAACACUGGAACCAGUUCUCGAGGAUGAUAAUGAGAUUUUGGGUAUUCCUGCUAAUAGUGGUUACCAAAAGUACCUUCAUGUGAAAAAGAGAUCUGACUCUGCGAACAGUUCUACCUCUGCCGCUCCAGUAGACAGUGAAAAGAACCCGGCUGCGACAAAUGAGGGAACCGAGACACCAACGAGCAAAAGAAAGCGAGGAAGACCAACUAAACCUAGCACCCCUCGAACUCCUAGUGGCUCUUCAAAGAAGAAAGGUCAAACUCCCAGGAAGAAGAAAACCGAUGUACCUGAUGCAGUGGAACAUUCUAGUCCCCCAGAUGACUCUUUAAGUGGCGCAUCAGAAUACUAUAGUCAAGGGGCACAGGUUUUUGCUUUAUGGAAGGAUGGGUGUUAUUACCACGGUCGUCUUACCACAUCUACAAAGCCUAACCAGUGGAAUGUGGCUUUUCAUGAUGGUACAAAGAGAGAUCUAAGCAAAAACGAAAUUUAUCUCAUCAACACAUUUGUAAUUGGCCAAUCUGUUCAUGCCAAAACUGAAAAAGAUUAUGAUGCUGGUACUGUUAUUGAUGUUAUACCAGGAACAGAGGGGCAGGAUGAAUUGUAUAAAAUUAAAAUUGCUUACUCAGGAAGUGUAGUAACAGUACACAUAUCAGACUUAAUGCUAUCAGAAGAGCAGAUGAAACAAUUUGUAGAUCCCUCCAACUCUACUAACUACACAUCAAACUCAUCAACAUCUCCCUCGAAACGUUCUUCUGCUUCCAAACUUGGCAGUAUUGAUCUUGAUAAUAUUCUACCAGGAAAGCGAGUUCGAACACCUAAAGGAAGUCAAAAUGUGGUCAAUAGUCCAGGUCGACCUGGCCCAUCAAACACAGCUCGCAGAUUAAUACCAGAAGGUUGCAGUUCUUCUACUGCUGAAGAUGAACCAUUAGCACAAAGUUUAACAAUACCGAUAAUACCUGGAGUGCAGGCGGAGCAAGUUGGUUUUGAAAAGACUGCUGAUCCACUUGCUAGGAAAGGAAGAGGGGUCAAGAAAAGUGCCUCAAAGAAGCCACUGCCAGAUAUUGAUGAUGAGAAGAUUGUUCAUGAGCUUGGACCAUUGCCUCCUGAUGGAAGUAGAAUAUUUGGAGGAUACUCCUUCUUGUUGACAAUCACAGAUGUCUGUAUCAGACAUAGGCAUGAACCUGUGACAGAUUCCGAGAGGAAUACAGAUGUUGAGGAUCAGCCUGAUGAUGAGUCAUCGCAUUGUGCUUCUGACUAUGAAUGCUACCAGUUUGCAAAAGCUCGAAUGGUGAAAGAUCGCCUUGCUCGACAGAUACUUCAAGGUGGAGGAAAAGUCUUAAAGCACUGGACUGAAAUUGUGCCUAAAGACAUAAAUAACACCUAUGUGGUCUCUAAUCGCCCUUGCUAUACUGCCAUAUAUCUACAGUGCCUUGUUCGAGGUGUUAAAGGAGUCAACCAUGAGUGCAUAAUUCAUUGCUGCAGAGAGAACAAAAGACUGGCAAACUGUCUGAAAAGUUACUUGCUACCUCCUGGAUAUUCUUUAAAAAGAAAAAAUUGGGCCACGUGGUCUGAUCUCAAAAUUAAACAGCCUUUACGUGGUGAAAAAAUUCUAGUGGAGGGAGACAAAGUUUUCAAAGACUUUUGGGAGGGCAUACUACAGUUAAGCGGAGCAAAAGUUGCCACCAUAAAAAGUGUUCAAGGUCAUUUAGAUAGCUUGUCAAAAGUUCUAUCUACCCAUGACUGCUCUGAGAAGACUUUAAAACAUGCCCAAGGUGCCAAUGUACCUAUAGUUUCUCCAUUAUGGGUAAUCCAGAGUCUCAUUGAAAACAAACCGUUACCACAUAAUGAUAUACAAUGUUUCGCUUAUGAUCAUGUUGAUUGUGACUGAUGGUUUUGUAUGUACAUGGUACUAGAAAAGCAUUGACAUGUCUUUUCUUACAAUCCAUUUUAGUUUUUGUUGUUAAUCAUGCCAUCUUCUGUAUAUUAAGAUGGACUUCAUAAAUUCAGAAUCAAUUUUAACUACUUCACAACUAUGAAAUUACGUUCUGUUCGUGUUUUAUGUCUUUCAUCAAUAGUUUUAAAAUUAAUUGCUCAUUGUAAACAGCAUGUUUUCAAUUUACAAAUAAAUGAGUGCUCAAAAAUUUA